AGUAAUAUACUGCUACGCUACGAUCAAAACAACGAUCGUUCAACAUUUUUCUACGAGUAGUCCCGUUUGCGGUACACUCGCAUGGUGCGCUCAAUUUUUACACACAAAAUCGAACCGACAGACUUCGCGCUCUGGAAAAAAUUCUCGACGCUGCGCUGGCUGUCGUUGUCGUUGGCCGUCGUCGUCGUCGUCGUUCAUCGUAUAGGGUAUAUUUAUAAAACAGUCCGAUCCGAACUAUUGAAUUGGAAUUGUAGGGGGUUAUUUUUGGGAUACUUUGAUGGUAUGGGGAUAGAUAUGAGCUAACGAUCGUAACACCAAGCGGGCCGACAUCGACAUCGCCACCGCUGGCACUGGUUGCUUAUGUCUGCUGCCGCUGCCGUUGCCACUGUCGUCUCUUCGUACACAGAGCGUCUUCAAAAAUAAAAUUGUGUUUGAGUAGUGUAUAACUGGCAUUCGUCCGAGUACUUAGUUGGUAGCGCAGAGCUACUCUACUUUUUCACUUUUAUUUUUGUAUAAAGAUUUAUUUUCUUUUUUUGAAUACUCUUUAAGAAUCCAUUGCGUUGUUUUUGCUUUUUUCAAUUUUUGAAAUUCUGUAUUUUUUAAAAUAAAUGUUCGUCUUCUAUGAUACCUAUACGAGUGAAAAAAGAAAAUAGUGUUACAGUUGCACAUCUAUCAUCAUCAUCAUCAGUAUCCGAAAAUAUCUAUCUGGCUGGCCAUUAUAAUAGGAAUAAGAUACUUGUAUUAUAUUUGCUUAGCUUAGCAAGCGGUUGAAUAUUUUUAUGUACUCGUACAUUGAAUUGAAUUUAUGCAGAAAUAGUUUUUCAAUGAUAUUUUACUCGUAUUCUGCUUCUGCAGUUGAGGUUAAAGGUUAACUUAAACAAAUAUUAAUAGACUCAAUUUUGGUUGGUGGCAGUCUUCUACGGUUACGACUUCUGCUACAACUAUACACGGUGGUGUUGCUUCUAUUCAGUUCGAUUUGAAUCGAAGGAAAAAAUAUUUAUUUAUUCAAUGGAAACCAAAACUCCAACAACUAGUCAGCAUCAAAGGGCACCUCGAACUCCCGAGAGCUACUUCAAUGUACCCGAAUCUAUAGCACUUUUAAACAUAGUCAAAUCAGAACGAAUUCAAAGUGCUUUUCAAUCGAAUAGAAAAAAUCAUGCCAGUGUCUGGGAAAUGGUUGCUGAAAUAUUAAAUCGAUUUAGCACACGCAAACGUUCAGCAAAACAAUGUUGCAAUCGAUAUGAGAAUCUUAAAAAAAUCUACACACAAUUAAAGAAAAACCCAGAAAAGCAUGUUCGACGAAAUUGGCCAUACAUGUACUUAUUUAAAGAAAUCGAAGAUCAAAGAGGUGAAACCUGGGGUUCUAAUGGUAAACGCUUACAAUUGGGAGCUAAAGAAGAGCUAUCAUAUUAUCAUCGACGAAGAGCGGCUGCAUUAAACUUACUACUUGUUAAAGAAGCUGCACAACAAAAUGGUGCUGGAGAUGAUCAUCCACAUAAUGGAAAGAUAGAACGAUAUAUGGCAAAUAGUUUUGUUGAAACUCAACUUAAUGAUUAUGACGAUGGUGAGAGAGAGAAAAAUUUCAGGCCAGAUUAUAUUCGUAAUGGUCAUACAGUAAAUGACUCACAGCAUCAUGACAAAAAGGCUUCAAGUUCUGAUUCUACGGCAGUGAAUUUUUCCAGACAUGAACCCACAUCAGACAAUGAUUUCAACCCAGAUGACAUAACAUUAGUUCCAUGUGACUAUAAUGGGAGUCAUAAUUUUUAUCCCCACAACAUAGACCCAACACUAUUACAUCCAGAUGUCAUUGUUGAUACUGAUAAUAUAUCAGAAAGUUCAAGCAGAUCAUCGAAAAGUAAGCGAAAGACAUCAACUUCAACAGAUGGUGAUAGCACCAAUUAUGAACUUAUUGAGUACUUAAAACGCAGAGAACGCCGUGACGAAGAAAUGUUUAAGCGUAUGGAAGAACGUGAGAAAAGACUUUUAAAUCUUUUAGAAAGAACAGUAAUCGCUAUUGAGUGUUUAGCUGGAACUAGAAAUAGAUUUGAGUGACUGAUUUUUUUUUGUAUUUAAUGUAAAACAUAAAUGAUUACUAUUAUACCUUAACUUCCUAUAUAUUUAUAGAAUUACUAGAUUGUGCCAUAAUAAGAUGAAUCUCAAACAAUUCAAAUCGAAUAGAAAAACAAAACAAAAAAAUAUAACGUUUACCAAAACAAAACUCAAAGUCAAUAAAAUUAAGGU